CCUCGGAUUCUACCUUCCCGGCUGCUCCAGGCGGUUUCCCUCGCGGCGGCCGCGGGCAAAGGCAGCCACGGCGGCGCGCAGCAGCAUCUCGGCGGUCACCGCGGCUCUCCGGCUGGAGCGGGCGCCCUACUGAGCUGCCCCUCGUCCCUUCCCGGCCGCGUCUCGAGUCUCCGGCGCCCCUCGCCGCUUGGUCCCCUGCUGUGGCUUCUCUCUGAAGCAGGAGGGGCAGGAUCCCACAACCCAACAUCGGGAUCCCCGGAGAAGCUUUUCUCUUAGAGAGAGGCGCUCGGCGACUCGUGCCCCGCCGCCCCUGACCGCCGGGGGGUGCCCCAGGGACGCGUCGCCGCCGAGAGGAACAGGCAGAGGGGACCAUGCGGCGCCUGACUCGCCGCCUGGCGCUGCCCAUCUUCGGGGUGCUCUGGAUCACCGUGCUGUUGUUCUUCUGGGUCACCAAGAGGAAGUUGGAGGUGCCGGUGGGACCCGAAGUGCAGACCCCCAAGCCUUCCGAUGCGGAUUGGGAUGACCUGUGGGAGCAGUUUGACGAGCGGAGGUAUCUGAAUGCCAAAAAGUGGCGCGUCGGCGAUGAUCCCUACAAGCUGUAUGCCUUCAACCAGCGGGAGAGCGAGCGGAUCUCCAGCAAUCGGGCUGUCCCAGACACACGGCAUAAGAGAUGUUCACUGCUGGUGUACUGCACGGACCUUCCUCCCACCAGUAUCAUCAUCACCUUCCACAACGAGGCACGCUCCACUCUGCUCAGGACCAUCUGCAGUGUGUUAAACCGCACCCCUAUGCAUCUGAUCCAGGAAAUCAUACUAGUGGAUGACUUCAGCAAUGACCCUGAGGACUGCAAGCAGCUCGCCAAGCUGCCUAAGGUGAAGUGCUUGCGCAACAGCGAGCGGCAAGGUCUGGUGCGGUCCCGGAUGCGGGGUGCAGACAUUGCCCAGGGCACCACUCUGACAUUCCUGGACAGCCACUGUGAGGUGAACAGGGAUUGGCUGCAGCCCCUGUUACAUAGGGUCAAAGAGGAUUACACAAGGGUAGUCUGCCCUGUCAUUGACAUCAUUAACCUGGACACCUUCAAUUACAUUGAGUCUGCCUCAGAGCUCAGAGGGGGGUUUGACUGGAGCCUACACUUCCAGUGGGAGCAGCUCUCCCCGGAGCAGAAGGCUUUGCGCCUGGACCCUACCGAGCCCAUCCGGACUCCAAUCAUAGCUGGAGGGCUCUUCGUGAUUGACAAAGCCUGGUUUGAUUACCUGGGUAAAUAUGACGUCGACAUGGACAUCUGGGGUGGGGAGAACUUUGAAAUCUCCUUCCGAGUGUGGAUGUGUGGAGGCAGCCUGGAGAUCAUCCCCUGCAGCCGGGUGGGGCACGUCUUCAGGAAAAAACAUCCGUAUAUUUUCCCUGAUGGAAACGCCAACACAUACAUAAAGAACACCAAGCGGACAGCUGAAGUGUGGAUGGAUGAAUACAAACAGUACUACUACGCAGCCCGACCUUUCGCCCUGGAGAGACCCUUCGGGAACAUUGAGAACAGGCUGAACCUAAGGAAGAAUCUACACUGCCAGACCUUCAAGUGGUACCUGGAGAACGUCUACCCAGAACUCAGGGUGCCCUCAGACUCCUCCAUCCAGAAGGGCAAUAUCCGGCAGAGGCAGAAGUGCCUAGAGUCUCAAAAGCAGAAAAACCAAGAGACUCCACACCUCAGGCUAAGCCCCUGCACCAAGGUCAAAGGAGAAGAAGCAAAGUCCCAGGUGUGGGCUUUCACGUACACCCAGCAGAUCAUCCAGGAAGAGCUGUGCCUCUCUGUUGUCACCCUGUUCCCUGGCGCCCCCGUGGUUCUUGUCCUGUGCAAGAAUGGGGAUGAAAGGCAGCAAUGGAUGAAGACAGGUGCUCGCAUCGAGCAUAUAGCAUCCCACCUCUGCCUGGACACAGACAUGUUCGGAGACAGCACCGAGGAUGGCAAAGAGGUCGUCGUUAACCCUUGUGAGUCAUCGCUCAUGAGCCAGCACUGGGACAUUGUGAGCUCAUGAGGACCCUAGGCGGAUCCAGCUGCGGAUCAGGGAUGGUGCUUCCCUGAACCAAAAUAAACUGGAACCCAGGCUGUGAACAGCCCAUGUCUGCACCAGGUGCCCUUAACUGGAGGUAGAGCAAAGACCCCCAGGACAGGAGCAACUGACUCAGGGAAGAUGAAGGGAAAGGUGACAAACCAGCAGGGCUCAGCAACACCCGCAUGUGUGCAAUAUUGUGACAGUCCAUCCUGGCCAGGUUUUCUGAAUGGAACCUGGAGAUGGAGACCUGAUGGGAAGUGUUUGCUGUACCCUUUCUUACAAAACAAGGCACCUUAUGGAGGCCAGAAAGAAGAACUCCUUGUUGCUGUACCAGAACUACAUGGAGGGAUGAGGAAUGGCGACGGUUUUCAGAACAAAUAAAGUUAAUAUUUGAAGUUGUCCUUCA